AUGAAAUGGGAAAUUAUUAAAACAGAGUUUAUGUUUUUGAUUGUUCGUCCUUCCCGCCCCAGAGGUCACCGCCACUGUGACAGCUGUUUCAGCCAGUACUGCAAGGUCCCUGUGGAGAUCUCGGUGUCAUGUGUGCUCAUCCCCUGCCGCCUGCUGUGUGGCGCCAUCUUUCACCUGUGCAAAGAGGAGGAGCAUGCGCUACUCUGCCCCAAUGAGAGGGUGCCAUGCCUAAACGCGGGCUUCGGCUGUCCAAUCAGCAUGCCCCGUUCCUGGCUGGCGGCCCACCUGCAGGUCUGUCCAGCCAGCGUGGUGUGCUGCUCCAUGGAGUGGAACCGCUGGCCAGCCGAGGACGCCCAGUCACACACACAUCCGGCCUUGCAGCAUAACCUAGUGAAGGAAGAGGAGGAGGGAGGAGGACACGGCGAGGCGCUGGACCUGGCCAUGGCUCUGAGAGAUCAGCACCAUUUGUUCCACUCCCUGAAGAUGAAGGAUCUCUUCCCUGAGCUGAUUGAGAGGGUGGAAGAGGAGGAGAAGGAGGAGCAGAUGAGAAGGGAGGGGAGGAGGAGGGAGAAGGAAGAGAAGAAGAGGGAGAGGGAGGCCCUGGAGGCACAGGGAGUGGAUGGAGGAGUGUCUUUCCCUAACAGGGUUGGCUGUGUGUCUCCUGCUAAUCGAGGAUGGUAUGGACCCCUCCCUGAGAAUAUUCAGGAGGCGGUUAGGGAGAGGGACAGAGAGAGGGAGGAGGAGAGAGAGCUGACCCAGGAGGAGAGGGAGGAGCUGGCCAGGGGAAGGGUGGUAGGAUCAGAGGGCCCGGUGGCCUACGUCUGGGAGCGCAUGUUUAACAUGGAGAGGGGAGGCUGCAUGAUAGCUGAGGCUAACCAAGAGGCAGUGGCAAGGGGCAGAGGUCAGGGGCAAGCAUCAGGAGUUAGAGGUCAAGAGAUGGAGUCACAUCAAUCACAGACCCUGACCACCACAGGGACACAGGCACUUAAUGACACACACACACACACAGACACACGCCCCAACCCCCAGUGCGUGGCCUGUCUGGCCGGCACUAAGAAGAGGCAGAUGUAUUACUACAGCCAGCUGGAGCCCAUGAAAAUCAACACAGUGAGGACCUUUAAGAUUCCCACCAGCUUCACGGCCAAACACACACGCAUCAGGAACCCCGGACACCGGAAGAGGGUGGACGUGGCCGUGGACACCAGCGACCUGGGGGUGGAGCCACAGGACAUGCCAAUCUGGGAGGAGGUGCAGGCCAGUCUGCUGUGUUCUCUGGAGAAGGAGCAGAGGGGUCACCUGAUCGCUGAGUCACAGUCCAGCGACGCCCUCCUGAGCGACACGGGAACGCAGACCUACGCCUUCCUGUCAGCUCCGUUCAGUCGUGACACUUCAUUGGCCAGUCUGACGAAGGACCGCCCCCUCCAGCUCCACCUCCAGCUGCAGGCGAAGGGUGUGACGGCCCGACACAACAAGUCUAGCUCCGCCUUCACCUUUCUCUGUGGACACACCUUCCAACGCAGAGAGUUCCCCAAACACUUCAGGAACGUGCACACCGACAUACAGAUGUGUGCUAGUGGCUGGUUUGAGCAGAGGUGUCCCCUAGCCUACCUGGGCUGCACUUACAGCCAGAGGAGGUUCCAGCCCUCCACACACACUGCCACUGUCACCUACAACAAAGAGCUUAGUAGCUUCAGCCUGAGACCCACUGUCCCUGCCUCUCUAAAUGAGGAGCCCCAAUACUCCAAAUCCCAGCCUGCUCCAGAACCCGUCUCAAACCUCAGGAGGAGAAGGUCGAGGGGUGGAGGAGGACGAGACCAGGACUCUCUGAGCACUCUGCCCUACGAGGUGCUUCACCACAUGGCCAGCUUCCUGGACAGCUUGUCCCUGUUCCAACUGGCCCUGGUGUCCCACCUCAUGAGGGAGGUGUGUUCCUCUCUGCUGCAUGACAGGGGGAUGGUCUCCCUCCUCUGGGAGAAGAAGACCUAUAAGACUGGCAUGGCCAAGUGGAAGGCCAAGAAAGUGGUGUGGCAGUUCAGUACACUGUUCUCUCCAGUGGAAGCAUGGUGUUUUGACAACAAUGUACCCUCCAUGUCAGACCACCUGAAGGUGUGCCCUUACUACGAGAUGGAGCCCAGGACUGAGCGUGUGCUCCUGCCUCACAUUGUCAACAACAAAUUGAACACAGACACACAAAGCAACAGCAAUAGUCUGGUCACCCUGUUCCAGAAGAAGACUUGAAUAGUGUUUCAUAAGAUUUAAUAGUGGUUCAUUAGCUUUCAAUAGUAGUUCAUAAGGUUUGAAUAGUGGUUCAUUUGUGCUGCACCUACAAUCCUCUACCCUGAGUGCCUGUCUGUUUGUGCCAUCAUGCCAACUCCUUGUCACUCAUUGUCAUGCCAAACAUGUAUGGCUUGACAAUAACAGGAAUAGAGUUGGCAAGAGCAUAGACAUAUCUGGGACCAUGUUAGCGAUCCACUUACAGAGCCACUGAACAUGCCGAUUGGCAUGUGUGUUUUUCUGUUGCUCAUUAGAAACAUGAGAUUUCUGUCUUGGAAGUGCGUUUCCUGACUGAUUCUGUGCUUGGUUAAUUAUGUUUGUCCCCCAUUAGACACUGCGGAAGCCUAUUUCACUUCCU